CAUAGUCUGAGGAGGAUUCCCAAGUCUGCUCACCUACUGUAAGAACAAGGAAACGAGACGUGGGCUUCUUACAGCGAUACAGUAAGUACCUACAACCUUCCCUCCCUUUAUACUCUGACUGUCUGGAGGCUCUCAGAUCUGAUGAGAUAGGAGCUACCCAAUGAUUAUGGAAUAUACAUAAAGCAAUACACUACAUUUACAUUUUACAUUUUAGUCAUUUAGCAGACGCUCUUAUCCAGAGCGACUUACAGAAGCAAUUAGGGUUAAGUGCCUUGCUUAAGGGCACAUCGACAGAUUAUUCACCUAGUCGGCUCGGGGAUUAGAACCAGCGACCUUUCGGUUACUGGCACAACGCUCUUACACUAAUGAUGCUGAAGUUCUAUAUUGUCUAUUUGGAUGAGAGACAGCUUUGGCUAAGCAAGAAGGCACUGUGUUGAUAAUAUGUUAUUUGAAAGGUUUGAGUUUGAGUUUGAGUUUAUUUUUACAGGGACAGUGCACAUUAAUCAACGUUUCAGUAAAAGUGCCGGUUUUAGCCAGCCGGCUAAUUUUCAACCGCAGUCCCUGGGCAGGUUAUUAAAAACAAUUACAAUAUAGACAAUAACAACAUAGAACAAGACAUAGCAUACAGACAUAGCAACAUAGGACAAGCAAGACGUAGCAUACAGACAGAGCAACAUAGAACAAAAAGCAGCAAGACAAAAUUCAUAAAAGCAACAAAGUGUUUCCACACCUCACAAGUUACAGACAACAGACAUGGAAAGCGGCAACACACAGCUAGGGACCAUGUUCACAAAUCUGAUUGACCUUUAGCCAUGUCUUCAAGCAUUUUGUGAAAGUGUGAUAUGUGGUGCAGUUAUGUGUGUCUGAUGGCAGUGUAUUCCAGACAUGGGAAGCUCUCACAGAAAAAGCGGAUUUACUAAAUGUGCUUUUCCUUAGGGGAACUACACAGUCACCUCUCAUGGCAGACCUUGUGGAUCUGCUGCCAUAUGUUUGGGUUUUCUGUUUAACAAAAAUACUGAGUGGAGGGGGAGCCAAGCCAUUUAGGAUCUUGAAUACAAGACAUGCAUCGGUGUAUUGCACAAGAUUUUCCCAACUCAGGAGCUCAUGCUUUCUAAGGAUGUGACAGUGAUGAUGGCUAUUGGGCUUCCUAUCAAGCACUUUGAGAGCCUGUUUGUAGACAGACUGAAUAGGUCUUACUGUUGUACAGCAAGCUUGGGCCCAACUAGCCAAACAGUAUGUUAAGUGGGGGAGUAUCAUAGAUUUGAAGUACAGUUUUGCUACCUCUGUAGUCAAACAAUUUCGUAUAAAUCGGAAAUUAGCUAGGUUGAAUUUGGUUAUUUGAAUUACCUUUUUCACAUGCUUUUUAAAAGAGAGGUUGGAAUCAAGUAUGAUGCCAAGGUACUUAAAAUCAGAUACCCCCUGGAGCUUCUCCCCUGACACAUAGACUUCUGGCUCAGUAGCAUCUGUUGCCCUCUUUGUGAAGAACAUGCAAACAGUUUUUUUCACAUUGAGAUGCAAACACGAGUCACUGAGCCACUUUGUAACCUGGACCAUUACAGUAGUGAGUUCUUGUGCAGCUUGUUGUUUGCUCUUUGCAUGCACAUAUAUCACUGUAUCAUCUGCAUACAUUUGAACUUCAGACCCAGUACAGACAGAAGGCAGAUCAUUAAUGUACAGGCUGAACAGGAGGGGCCCCAGUAUUGACCCUUGGGGCACACCCACAUCAUAGCUAAGAGUGGGCGACAGUUCAUUGCUCACUCUGACACACUGAGUUCUGCCUUCAAGGUAUGAUUUCAUCCAUCUCAAGGCAUCGGGGGAAAAGUUGAACUUGGACAAUUUUGUGAUGAGAAUCUCAUGGUUAACAGUAUCAAAAGCCUUCCUUAGGUCCAGAAACCAAUCCGUUUAGAAAAAGAACUGUAGGUGAAAAAAAGUUUUUGAAUGGAUGUAGGCUGCUUUAGCGAAAGGCUUUAUAUGCAGAAUAUCAAAUUUGGGUACCGAGAUCAACUAUUGAUUCAACAUUUUAUUUCAAAGAUGGUGGAGUGACCUAUGAAUGUCAACCAUUUUGCAGUUGACUAAACCAGUAAGGUAAUGAUGGAGGUUGAUGUAACUUUAGAGCACCAUCUUGAGAAGGCAUACUCAAAAAACUAACUAAAACUUCAGAGUUCUGAAUGGGUUGAGUAGACUGUGAAUGUCAGUCAUCAUGACCAGUACAUUAACUACAAAUAUAUUCUGUUUCAUACAGCUGGUUCUUAGCAGAGAGCAUAGCCAUGCAAUGCUUAUUAACAUUUUAAAAAGUCUCUUUUCAUUGUAAUUUUAAGGUAUGCUGUAUCACCAACCGUAACUAUCUAUGUAUUACAGAGAAUGAAGUUAGUUGCAGUGUCUGCUCUGUGCCUGUGGGGGGUGCUGUGUCUCUGUGCCAGUGUGAAGGCCAUUGGGACUUUAGAGCUGAUGCGAGAUGCAGCAGGUAACAGAAAACCUCAUGACGCCUCAGUUUUUCUCUUUUAUUUUGUAUGUUCUCCACCCCAAACAUAUCUUAACAAUCAAAUGUAAUGUCAAACUAUUGGUCCUGCUUCGACAAGUUUUGACCCCUACUCUCUGCCUUCCUCUACCUCCCCUCUCACCUUCCUCCCCUAUUCUCCCCCGUGUCCCCAGUGGCCUGGACUGGGGUCCUGCCCUGUGGGAAGUGGGACUGUGAGUGUGCCUUCAAGAGCCAGCAGGGCUGCUGCUGUGUGGCCAAUGAGAUGAGUACGCUUGAGGACCAAACCUUCAUGCGCAUGGUGGACAUGUGGGAGCAGCUCAUCCGAUUGGACAACGACAUAGAGGAAGUCACAGGUACUGGAAAAUAAAUCUGUUUCCUAGUCAGAUUAAGUCAGGAACCAUUGUAGAAAGCUUGACAAAUCCCUAAUGUUCAAGUCCCAGGCUCCUAACUUCUUCUGUUCUCCUUCCCUCUUUCUGUGACUCAGGCAACAAUAAGAUUGCGUUCACCGCGGCGAUGAAAUCUAGAAGCGACUGCUUCGGGCCCUUCACCAGCAACGUGCCCAUCCGCUACUACACUAUCUCUCUCAACCAGGGAAAUGGAUACAAUGAUGCUCUGGGUAGGACGCCACACUGCGCUGUCACGUCAUUUACCCACAUACUUACUGGAUAAAUAACACAACACAACAUAAAACACACAUGCACAUACACACACUCACCCCCACACCCAUUUACACACACUCUCCAUCUCCCUGUGUGUGUCCUCUAUCCAGGUACCUUCACCGCCCCCCGCGCCGGCCUCUACUCCUUCUCCUUCACGGCCUACUCCAACGUGGGUGUGGACGGCGAGCGUCUCUACCACAAGGUGCAGUUGAUAAAGAACAACGAGGUGGUGGCCUCUGUGUGGGAGGACAACCGGGAGGACAUGGAGGACAGCAGCACCCAGUCGGUGCUGGUGUCUCUUCGCCAGGGCGACCAGGUGUACGUGGAGCUGCUCUCCGGCAGGAGUCUGUGUGGCAACACCAAGGAGUUCAACAGGUUCAGCGGAUACCUGGUCUACCCCUUCACACAGGAGUAGAGGAGAGAGUCAUACACACAUGAACACACACGUACAUGCAUGAAUACAUACACACACACACACAAACACAUACAUGCAUACAAAAAGACAUACGGCUAUGGCACGCACAUGCACACGCACACACACACACACACACACACACACACACAUAAACACGCACACAUACAGUACCAGUCAAAAGUUUGGACACAGCUACUCAUUCCAGGGUUUUUCUUUAUUUGUCUAUUUUCUACAUUGUAGAAUAAUAUUGAAGACAUCAAUUCUAUGAAAUAACACAUAUGGAAUCAUGAAGUAACCAAAAAAGUGUUAAACAAAUCAAAAUACAUUUUAUAUUUGAGAUUCUUCAAAGUAGCCACCCUUUGCCUUGAUGACAGUUUUGUACACUCUUGGCAUUCUCUCAACCAGCUUCAUAAUGAAUGCUUUUCCAACAGUCUUGAAGGAGUUCCCACAUAUGCUGAGCACUUGUUGGCUACUUUUCCUUCACUCUGCGGUCCAACUCAUCCCAAACCAUCUCAACUCAUCCCUAAUCAAAAUAUAUUUUGAUUUGUUUAACACUUUUUUGCUUACUACAUGAUUCCAUAUGUGUUAUUUCAUAGUUUUGAUCUCUUCACUAUUAUUAUACAAUGUAGAAAAUAGUCAAAAUAAGAAAAACCCUUGAAUGAGUAGGUGUGUCCAAACUUUGACGGGUACUGUACAUACAGACACAUACACAAACAUACUGUAUAACAGAUCAACUCACUGGCAUACUGAGAAUGACAAUACGAAUUUGAUGAAAUUAUACAAUUCUGACACUGUUAACGGAAGCAGAUAUUCAAACAUUGAUUGACAUCAAAACUCAAAUGCAAUUCUACGAAGAGCCAGAGCCUCAAAUUAA